AUGAAUAAUUUUACUUUAUUAAAAUAUUUAUUUAUAUAUAUACAGAUAUGGUUUAUCUUAUUAUAUGUUAUACAUUACUGUCAUGGUAGUGAUAAUACAACAUUCUCCAACUCAAAUAAUAUAACAAAAGAAGUUAAAAGUCACUAUGAUUUUGAAAAAAAAGUAAGACAAUUUUAUAAUAAUGGAACAAAUAAAAAGGUAAUGUUAUUCAACUAUGAAUUUAUUAAUCUUAAACUACUACCAAAUAAUUCACAAAGUAGAAACCACCUAAAUAAAUAUGUUUAUAACUCCAAAAAAAUUUUGAAAACUUUUCUUUUAAGAAACUACUGUUCAAAAAUAAGUAGUUAUAUUAAAACAAGAUAUAAUUGGCUUGAUGUAUCUAGAAACUGGCAAGAACGUUUAUAUAGAUAUGGAUAUUGGAUCUGCUUAAGAGAUACUGGAGCAGGAGGAGAUUGUUUAUAUAGUUCAGUAAUAUCAGCAUUAGACCUCAAAAAUAUAACAGUAACUGAUUUACGUAAAAAAGUUGCAAAUAAUUUUGUUGGUUUUAAAAAUGAAGAAAUUAAAGCUAUAAGUGAAAAUUAUACAUCUAAUUUAUUUAAAUAUCAAAAAUUAAAUAAAGAAGAGAGUAUAAUACACAUUAUAGAAAAUAACUGGGAUAGUGUAUCAUUCAUAGAUAAAUUAAAAAUGAUGUCUUAUCAAGAGCUAUCUGGUAUAUGGGAUGAUCCUUGGUCACCGACAAAUAUAUUAAAUAAUAAUCAAUUAGAAAAUAGAAAUAUAACAACACCUUUCUUAAAAGCUAUAAUGGUUCGUGAUAAAUUAUCAAUACCUGGGAAUAUUCAUUGGGGUACAGAAUUAGAUAUUAAUAGUUUAGAAGAGAUUUUAAAUAUACAGAUCUUGCUAUUUUGGAAAGAAAGGGGUAUUUUCUAUCCAAUAAUAAAUGUUAAUUCAAAUGCAGAUUAUAUAAUAUUACUAUAUUAUGAUGGAGUAAUUCAACAUUUUCAGGUAAUUGGAAUAAAAAAAGUUACAUCAAAUUUAAAUGAAGAUUUCGUUUCAAAAUUUACAAGUUAUUCUUUACCUAGAAUAAUAAGAUAUCUUAUUAAAAAUGAUACAAAAAAAGACUUAGAACCAAAACAAUCUAUUUAA